AUUCACGGUAUUAGUACCGCUGACACAGCGGUGAGGACUCCUCUGAAUGUCUUUGUAUUUUGUGUCUUCAGGCCGGGACAGAUCUCUGCCAUCACGUCUCUACCAGACUCUCUGACCACCUGGGACAUCAAGGCUGUCGGCGUGUUCAAGGACGGUAUGUGUGUGGCGGAGCCGGUCCAGGUGUCGGUCAGCCUGCCGCUCAGCGUGGACGUCCCGCUGCCCUAUCAGGUGGUGAGAGGAGAGCAGCUGGAGCUGAAGGGCUCCGUCUACAACCAGCAGGCCGACAGCGUCACGUACUGCGUGACUCUGACGGUCGGCCCGGCGCUCUGCCUGCAGCAGUCCAAGCCGGCCGCCGGGGGGACGGGGCUGCACUCCACGGCCUGCAGCUGGACGCCGCUGGCUGCUGGCGAGGUGGGGAAGGUGAGCUUCACCCUGCUGGGCCUGCAGGCCGGAGAACACACCCUGACCUUCACCCUGAGGACACGCCAGGGGGACAGAGACAUCCUGGAGAAGACGCUGAGAGUGGUGCCUGAAGGAGUGAGGAAGGAGGUGUUUUCUGGAGGGACUCUGGACCCUCAGGGACUCUACGGCUUCGAGAGGAGGACGGUGGAGCUGAAGAACAACCUGCCCACCAACAUCGUCCCCAACACACCUGUGGAGAGGAUGCUCACCAUCAGCGGUGAGACACAGAGACACACACUGUGGUGCUGA